GGGGUCCGAGAUGCUAUCGUCCUUGGUGGUGAAGGCCCAACACCAAAAGCACGGCCUGCAGUCGGACAUCGGAAGGAAGCAGUUCGGCUUCGGUCGCGAGGAGCUGGAUGGCGGGGCGAGUUACUACGAAGGGGAGUUCAAGCUUUUCCUGAGGAAUGGGCAUGGGACGCUGGAGAACACGGAGACCGGCCUCAAGUACGUCGGCCAGUUCGAGGUCGACAAGUUCCACGGCAAAGGCAGGCACGUCUGGCCGGAUGGCAGCUACUAUGAAGGCGACUGGCGAAAUGGAAGGAAGCAGGGCCAAGGCACCUACGUCAGCGAAGAGAACCUCAAGUACACGGGAGCCUGGCAUGAUGGAAAGCGGCACGGCAAAGGCAUUCAGGAAUAUGCAAACGGCGAUUCCUACGAUGGAUGGUGGUACAACGGCAGCUUGACGGAU